AUGGAACCCUCCGCCGCUGUCGCUGAUCAACCCGUUAAAAUUGUCCAGGCCAAAACCGAGCCCAGCGGCGACCAGCACUCUCACUCUGCGGACUACGCUCCCUACCCUAAGCUCGACCCCGCUGACGUGGCUCCUCCCCCUCCGGCGACGGACACGGCGGCGAGAUCCGCAACCGCUGGUGAUUACCAGGCGACCACCAUGCCGCCGGAGUCCAACCCAUACGUCACUCCCUCUCCCGCCGCCGCUUCAUCCUCCUCGAAGAUAAAAGAUGCGCUCGGGAGGUGGGGGAAGAUGGGGGAAGCAGCGAAGAAGACCGAGGAUUUGGCUGGCAACGUUUGGCAACACUGUCGAAAGGAGGCAGAGGCAGGAGUUUAUAAUGUAUUUGUUGGAGAGGAUCCAUUCUUAUAUGGUUUUGUAUGA